AGAUGGCGGUGCUGGGCAGUAGAGUGUGGUGGAAACACGCGCUGCAGCCAGUGCAGGGCUGUUCUCCUUGGUUAUUGUGUAGCAUCAGGCUGGAGUUUCUAAGCCAUAAUCGCUUUCAGCACACACUGCCAAAAUCCAAAUACAUUCCCAGACGUGCUGUGCUAUAUGUGCCAGGAAAUGACGUGCGAAAGCUGUGCAAGCUGCCUUCUCUAAAUGUGGACUGUGCAGUAUUUGACUGUGAAGAUGGUGUGGCCCUUAACAAAAAGGAAGAAGCAAGAAUGACCAUCCCAAAAAUGCUUGAAGAGAUUGAUCUGAACAGAACAGAGAAAUGUGUCCGGAUUAAUUCAGUGUCAAGUGGUCUUGCAGAACUGGACAUGGAAGUCAUACUGCAGGCAAACCAACUGCCCUCAGCCUUGAUGUUACCUAAGGUCGAGAACACUGAAGAGAUACAAUGGUUUGUGGACAGAAUUAUGUAUUACCUAAAGGGAAGAACCUUAACUGAAGCCAUGCAGUUAAUCACAUUUGUGGAAACCGCACAGGGAUUGCUCAAUUUUAAGGCUGUCUGUCAGGAAAUUCAACACCUGGGACCAAAGGCUGGCCUUCAUCAUGAUGGAGUUGUGUUUGGCUCGGAUGAUUUUUGUGCAAGCAUAGGUGCUACAAGAACAAAGGAUGCCACUGAGCUUCUGUAUGCCAGGCAGAAAGUUGUUGUUAUAGCCAAAGCCUUUGGCCUGCAAGCUAUUGACCUUGUUUACAUCGAUUACCAGGACAAUGAGGGACUUCGCAGGCAGUCAAGAGAGGGCGCACUUAUGGGCUUUACAGGCAAGCAGGUGAUUCAUCCCAAUCAAGUCCAAGUCGUCCAAGAGGAAUUCUCCCCUAGUGCGGAGAAAGUGAAAUGGGCCCGGGAACUCAUAAGUGCCUUUGAUGAGCAGCAGAAGCUGGGAAAGGGAGCAUUCAAUUUUCGUGGCAGUAUGAUCGAUUUACCAACUCUGAAACAAGCACAGAAUAUUGUCAUCCUUGCAGAAGCAGUUCAUGAAGUGUGAGGAAUGAUUCAUUGCUAAAAUUAGUUCACUUGAAAUGAAGAUGUAUAUAUUUUGAUUGAACUGCAAUUCAUUUACUCCCUCUGGCCUGUUACUAUAGGAAUGAGAAAUUGACUGAUGCAAUCAUGUUUUUGUCUUUCUUUUCCUACAUCUCCACUAAAUGUUUGAAUCAUCUUAAAUAAAAUGAAUGGACAUCUUCA